ACGUGACACCGUUGUGUGAAAUUUUUUUGAGAGAGUUCUGGGUUGGAUAAAAUUGACACAGUGCCAGGGAUGAAAAUCUAAGUUUUUUCGAUAGUCUGCCUUGAUAGGCCGAGAACAACUAUUUCUACGUAAAGACGGAAGACUAAGGAAGGGUCUUCAAACAAAUUUCACGAAGAGAGUGUGAAAGAAAUGUCAGGACAGCCGCCUCAACGAGUUCGUCGUAAUGUGUCCCCGGCAUCAACAAAGCAAGGACCGAUAAAAGCUGUUAAGACAUUCACUCUGAAACAAAAAAGUCCAACACGCAGCUUAAAUGCAUCUCCUACACCAAGCAGUCACAAAAUAUGGAGUCGAAAAUCCCCAGACCAUCGAGCAUCUCCAGAGCGAAAAAGUCCAAGCUCGCCCAGAGAAAAGUCAAAAUCGCAUCGUCAAAGCCCUGUGCCCAGCUUGUGGCGAGCCAGCUCUCUGGACACAAUCUACCUUGCUGGCCAGUGGCCCAAAGACCCACAUUCCUACAGCUCUCACAAUCUGGGGGUGCUCACAUGUGACAAAUUUACACAGACGCCUGAUGAGUGGGAGUCUGUCAGCAGCCUUGACAGGAAGAAGGAGAAGGGGCACAAGAGAUCAGCAUCAUUUGGUCAGGGAGAUCAACUCAAGGUGCUGAUAAAACAGCGUCUACAGCGAACCAAAGAAGGCAGCAAGGAGAAGGAAUGGAGCAAACAGCGACAGAGUCCGGUGCAAGGCAAACACUCUGCCCUCUCCCUCACGGCGCCACCUACUGUCUUCAGCCAAUCAAAAGCUAUUGGCAUACCCACGAACAUUCCUAAAACAAACAUGUCAAAAUAUCAACGUAACAGUGUAGAAGGACUAAAUACAGAAAUUGAAAAGCUUGUUCUGAACAACCCAGCAGCCAUCGAACCUGAAGAGUCAGAACUAAAAGUACAUUCUCAUCCAGAGAUUCCUGAUGGUCACAGAGCACCAAUUCCUGACAUUAUCCGAAUUGGCUCAACACGUUCGGUAAACACACAGACGCCGUCAGGACAGGUGGAUGAGCCCUACACCAUCACCAGCAGCGGGAGCCGCGCCGACUCCAUCAGUCCUGCCAUACCAAUCAUUCCUGGUCACAUGGACACCUCCCGGCCCUCCAGUCGGUCAGAGUCAACAGACAGCAAGUCUUCCGACAAAGGUGAAGCUGAAGACUCCCCAGAACCCUCAAUCACCAAGUUUGUUUCAAGCCCCAAAGCAGAGAAAUGUGACUUCGUCCGAGAGCCUCCAGAUGGGUGUGAGAAGGUCCGAGUCAUCGAGGAAUCGCGAAAACCCAGCAUCAAAGAGUCUCUAUUCUGUCCUUUAAAGCCAAAUCAGUUCAUCUUCAAACCAAGUCAGAGCUCUGCUUUCUGCCCCCUGAUCAGGAGUUACUGCAGCCCCACACAGGACAUCGGCCUCAACACAGUUCCACCAGUAGCUCCACCACCAACGCCCCCUACAAUAGAGGGGCAGUAGACAGGGGAGAUAAUCUCAUUUCACUGUGCCAUUACCAGACUACCUGGAAUUAAGUCAUGUCACCCAAGGAGUGUUCCUAUAUUUAAAUAUGACCACUGUUUGUUUUUCCUUUGUUACUUCUUAUUUCGCAUACAUAUAUAUUUUGAUUGACCAUGAGUUGCAAAACAUCACAAAGAAAAGAGUCACAAUUAUGUUUAUUGUUGGUAUACAAAUCUAUAUGUCUGGAUUGUGGCAUCAUAUAAUUAUUGUAUGCUCUUUUCACAGACCUUGAUAUUGUAUUAUGCUGACUGUCUCAUUUCAUUGUUUGUGUAUUGAUUGAGAACACUUGUAUUGGGAUCAUCAACUGCAUCGUGCUGUACACACAAACAUUAUCUUGCUAAGUUUAUGAUGAGUUAAAUAUUCAUUCCAUUUCAUCAAAACACGAGCAGAUUUUCACCACAGAUAUCUCUGACUACUGUAUACUCUCUCAACUUUUAGAAAAAUUGAAACAUGACGAAAGUGAUAUGGUCCAAGGUGUAUACUUUGAUGGCACCAACGCCCGUAGGUGUCCUGCGUGAUUCAUGAGGUUUGCCAGUCUCAUGAUGCAUAUGCAUUUAAUGCACUGUAGUGAUUAGUGAGUUUGCUGACUUGGUUGAUGCAUGUCAUCGGUCCCAAUUGCGUGGAUCGAUGCUCAUGAUGUCAAUCACUGGAUUGUCUGGUCCAGACUCAAUUAUUUACAGACUCCCGUCAUAUAGCUGGAAUAUUGCUGAGUGCAGUGUUAAACAAGAACAAAUAAUUAGUGAGUUAAAAUUUAAUGUCGCACCAGCAUUAUUUCAGCCAUAUAGCGACUUAAUCCAGUGUGGCAUAAGUAAUGAUCAUUAAGAUUGCGAUUUUGCAUAUUCUUUCACCUUGGCAAUUUUAGAGAGAAGCAAUACGGUUCUUCCUUUUAGAUUUAGCAAGUUCACAAAUGCUUUGUGUAUUUUAAGUUGAAAUAAUGAGUAUGUUUUCAGUGUGAAUGAAAUUCAAUAUCUUUAAUAUUUUGUUAUAUUUCUUGUUAAAAUUGUAUAUGUAUAUAUCAGUGUAUCCGUGUGGCUCUAAUGAUGUUAUUUUGAUGUGCAGCGUUUUCGUUUUUAGAGACUGUUUAGUGGCUAUUUGCUACUAACUUGAUAUUGGAAUUAGUAAGUUUAACACGUCACUAGUCCUCAUGAUCAGUGUAAGACAAUCUUCCCUGGGUUUGAGUCAAUCUUUGGUCAUGGAAUCCUGAAUGCUUAAGUUACUUUCAAUAAUACUUUAUCAGAAGUCAGACAAAAUCUGGUGGGGGUCUUACAUAUAUAACUGUCAGUGCUGCAUAGAAAGUGCACAAAAUAUUUGUUUCAGAACUCUUCUCGUGAUAAUUCAUUAAUUUAUAAUCUUAAACAUAAUUCAAAAUUAUGAAGCCUGAUAUGACAAAUCCCAGGGUACUUAAUCAGUUCAUCAAACCGAGGCUAGUGGCAGUUUGUCUCCUCAUUUGUCCCCUCCAUAAUGAGGGUUUCAACUUGAAGAAGAAACAUUCACUGUUCCUUUUCAAUUGAAUUAGCUCUAAAACUGUAUGUGCCAAUCUUAAUGAGAAACAAGUUUGUUUCGAACUGGCAUGAAAUAUUAAUUAUCUUGCUGGUUGUCAUCAGUGAUCAUGUUAUCGUUGUUUUAAUAACCGUUUUGAAGAAGAAUACAAGAAUCUUUUAUUCUUUUGCUAAAACGCCUAGGUUAUUGGUCACAAUGUUACCAUAUAGGGCUUUUUGUGUGCUACUUCACAAGUAUUAUCAUUCAUUAUGGCAUUCACCUAAGUCAUUUAUAUCUAUUCUAUAAUCAAACUGGUAUUUGAAAUGUGUAAUCCACUAUUGAAAUUUGUCUACAAAAAUAUUUGCAUUGUGGACCAAGUUGAUUAAGUUUGUUGACACAUAUUAACAUUUUGUUUGUGGUGACUGACUUGACACUGAUGUUUGACUAUCUCUCCUCGUGGUGGCAAAGUUCAAUAUGCAGAUUCAACCUUUUUGAUAUUUGUGGAGCAUUGCAAAAAAAACCACUUGCACUAUGAGUCAACAUGAAUUUUCUGAUAACAACAACAGAUAAAUCUAUAUUGUC